CCCAUAGUCCUCCCCCAACAAUCCUCUCGACGCAUCUUCUACGACUACAUAGAGCAUUGCAUAUCGUAAACACGGCAUUCUAUCUAGCAUAAUUCUAUCAAUCCAGCCAUGGGUCUCAAGCGCAAGCGGUCAACCGACGAGUCUCCCCUCUCCGCCUCCAGCUUCGGCACCGCCCCGACGCCUGAGGCGCAAUCGCCCACGCCAAUGCCAGACGCCGCCAUGGAUAUCGACAUAUCCUCACACUUCCAGACGAAUCGCUUCGCGUGGGAUUUCUCCAGCGUGGGCAGGGUCAAGGGCGGCGAUUGGGGGAACAGGACGCGCAAGCGGUUCCGCGACAAUCGGCCUGACGAACGCGUUAUCCACGAAAACACAAUCAACAAGCUCUUCUCCGCGCAGCGCAAGCACCCGCACGCCGAGCCCAUAAUGUCGGACUCCCUGCCUCAGAACCACGCGCCCGCCGUCCAGAAACCGCAGAAGUCGACGCUGCACUCUUUCUGGAAUCUACCCGCUCCGCCUGUCCAGCCUCCCACAAUCCACAUUCAGCCCCCGACGGACGCGAAUACGCCGCGCUGCCAGGACUGCGACACUUGGUUGCACAGUGAGGCGGGCGACAUGGACGUCGAUAUGGACAUUGACGGACCGUUGGAGAGGAGUGUGUUCGGUUGCCAUGAUUGCGGAAGGAAUGUCUGUGGCACGUGUGCCGUAGUGUCGAAUACAAGGCACUGCCUCCAAUGCGCUACUUCGGCGAGGAAUUCGAAGCGGUGGUGGUAG